UUUAUCCACAGCCAAACAGCUGUUUUGCACUUUGUUGGCCGCAUUUGAAGUUUUCACUGGAGAAGAAGUUGAAGUGUUUUUUCUUUUAAAAAGUUGAAAAGUGCAUUUUUUUGUUAUCUAAAUACAAAUUUAAAGAUUUCCCGAGGGACACUUCUUCAGGAAAAGAAAAUUUUCAAAAAUCUUUCAAAUCCCCAAUUUAGGAAACUUCUUGAAUGCAAUUAACCGGACUACGAGUUGCCCAGAACGUAUCAACACUACUUAGACGGCAUAUUUCAGUAAGUCUUAAAGCUAGCAUCAACGCCACCACAAUGACUGCCGAUACCACUGCCAAUUUGAUAGGUUCUGAAACUAAUAUUUCCCCCCUCAAGUAUCCGGUGGCACGCAAAGAUGAAAGCGUCGUAGAAACCCACCACGGUGUUGAGGUCAAAGAUGUCUAUCGUUGGCUUGAGGAUCCCGAUGCGGAGGAGACACAAAAAUAUGUCGAGGAACAGAAUAAAAUCAGUCAACCCUUCUUGGAAGGUUGUGAGUCGUGGAAGAAAAUCAAUGAGAAACUAACCAAACUGUGGAACUAUGAAAAGUAUGGUUGUCCCAUGAAACAUGGAAAGUAUUAUUAUUUCUAUAAGAAUUCCGGUCUGCAGAAUCAGAGUGUUAUGUACCAGCAGGACUCGUUGGAUGGGGAGCCACGUUUGUUUUUCGAUCCCAAUGCCUUGUCCAGUGAUGGCACCAUUGCCCUGGCCCAAAAAUCCUUUUCCGAGGAUGGCAAAUAUAUGGCCUACGGUUUGAGUGCCAGCGGCUCGGAUUGGAUCAAGAUUUAUAUUCGCGAUGUGGAGACGGGUAAGGAUCAGGAAGAGGUAUUGGAAAAAGUGAAAUUUUCUGAAAUUUCAUGGACCAAGGACAACAAGGGCUUCUUCUAUGGUCGCUAUCCCAAUCAGGAGGGUAAAACCGAUGGUUCAGAAACCAAAUCAAAUGAAAAUCAAAAAUUGUAUUACCAUUAUGUGGGCCAACCUCAAGAGAAGGAUGUUCUCAUUGCCGAGUUUCCCGAAGAGCCCACAUGGCGCAUACAAUCUGUGGUCUCCGAUUGUGGCAAAUAUCUGAUACUGGCAAUUGUCAAGGAUUGCCGUGACAAUAUUGUCUACUAUGCCGACUUGGAGCCCGGUGCAGAAAUAACCGGCAAAUUGCAAGUCAAGAAAAUUGUUACCAAAUUCGAAUCCGAUUAUGAUUACAUCACCAAUACCGGCUCCAAAGUGUACUUCCGCACGAAUAAAGAUGCCUCCAACUACCGUGUCAUCAUGAUUGAUUUUGAAAACCCUGCCCAGGAAAAUUGGCAAACUCUCAUCCCCGAACAUGCCACCGAUGUUUUGGAUUGGGUCCAUUGUGUCAAUGAGGACAAAUUGGUCUUGGGCUAUAUUCAGGAUGUGAAGAGUGCACUGCAGGUUAAUUCCCUGCAAACCGGGGAGUUGAUACAUAAAUUUGAUUUGGACAUUGGUACCAUUGUGGCCUUAUCGGGAAAGAAGAAAGAAUCCGAGCUGUUCUACAACUUUUCUUCUUUCCUGACACCGGGAACCAUUUAUCAUUAUAACUUCAAGUGGAAUAAUUUUACACCCAAAGUUUUGAGGGAAAUCAAGCUAAACUUGGAAGGUUUCUCACCCUCCAACUACAAAGUGGAACAGGUGUUCUAUGAAAGCAAGGACUCCACCAAGAUCCCCAUGUUUAUUGUGUACAAAAAUACGAAGGCGGAAAAGAGAACACCACGCCCCUGCUUUUUGUAUGGCUAUGGUGGUUUCAACAUUAGCAUGCAGCCCUCGUUUGGUAUCACGGGUCUGAUGUUCAUCGACACCUUUGAUGGUGUCAUUGCCUAUCCCAAUUUACGUGGUGGCGGAGAGUAUGGUGAAAAAUGGCACAAUGCCGGACGUUUGUUGAACAAACAAAAUGUUUUCAAUGACUUCCAAGCGGCGGCUGAAUAUUUAGUGGCCAACAACUAUACCACCAAGGAUCGUUUGGUAAUACAGGGUGGUUCCAAUGGUGGGUUGCUCGUAGGUGCCUGUAUCAACCAACGUCCUGAUCUCUUUGGAGCCGCCGUGGCCCAGGUGGGUGUUAUGGAUAUGCUGCGUUUCCACAAAUUCACCAUUGGCCAUGCUUGGUGUUCCGACUAUGGCAAUCCCGAUGAAAAGGAACAUUUCGAGAACCUCAUCAAGUAUUCUCCGCUACACAAUGUCCAUACACCCAAGUCGCCGAGUGAAGAAUAUCCCUCAACUUUGGUGCUCACUGCCGAUCAUGAUGAUCGUGUUAGUCCAUUGCAUUCGUUGAAAUUCAUUGCCGCCCUGCAAGAGGCCGUACGCAAUUCGGAAUACCAGAAAAAUCCCAUUUUGCUGCGUGUCUAUAGCAAGGCAGGUCAUGGUGCCGGUAAACCCACAUCGAAACGCAUUGAAGAGGCAACGGAUGUGUUGACCUUUAUGCUGCGAAGUCUCAACAUUGAUAAGGUCAAUUUGUAAUGAAACAACUUGUCAUUGUGUUUGUGUCGUUACUAUUUUUGGGCAGAAAAUAUUGAAAUAAAUCAAAACAAAUUCAAAUUAUUAUCGUAAAGAAAAGCUUGUAAAUUUUGCUUCAACUUCUUCUUCUCAUUAUAUUGUAUUUCUCCUCCCAUUCUAAAUAUCUUUUUAAUUAAUAAAAAAAUUAAUAAAUUAAAAAAGAUAUUUGAAUA